AUGCCCAUAUUAGCUCCAAAUUCAAACGUAAGUGCUAGCUACAGUAGUUUGUCGCCAUCUAAGAUCAUAUCAAGAAAGCCGUCCUUUAGAGCAGAUAGCUCUGAUAAUCACGAACUGUUUUCAGAACCAUAUAAAGCAAGCAUGACUUCGCCUACGUCCACAUCUACAAGUAAUAAAUCCAAAAAUGUUGAAACUGUGAUAUAUAUUCUUGGCUGGUACCUUUUUUCUUUAUCCAUCUCCAUAUAUAAUAAAUGGAUGUUUGGUAAAGGGCUAGAUUUUAAAUUUCCAAUAUUGAUUACUUCUUUUCACCAAUUUUGCUUGAUGAUUCUAAGCGGGAUAGUUCUAUGGGUGAAACCACGGUUGAGACCAACGAUCAAUACCAAGAACCAUGACGGUGAUAUUAUCAAUCGGCCAAGUAACUCCCAGUCCAAAUUCAUAUCGUUUUUGUCUAUUUUCAAGAUAAGCUUGUUCACAUACUUAAAGCAAAUAUUCCCUUGUUCGCUCGCAUCUGCAGGAGACAUUGGAUUGUCUAAUGUAUCGUUCAAGUUUAUUUCCUUAUCGUUAUAUACCAUGUUGAAAGCAUCAUCAUUAAUGUUCGUAUUGCUUUUUGGGUUACUUUUUCGUUUAGAAAAAUUCCAUUGGAGGCUAUUGGUUAUCGUGUUAAUAAUGACGGGCUCUGUUAUUAUGAUGGUGAAGAAGCCUCAAAAAAUUGGUCUGGCUCUGACUGAAGAAGAUGAUCAUAAUAAUUUUGGGAUAUUGUUAGUUCUUGGUGCUUCUAUGAUGUCAGGGUUAAGGUGGUCUUUUACCCAAAUCUUAUUGAAGCAUAAUGACUAUACUAACAACUCAAUUUCAACAAUAUUCUAUAUUUCACCAUCUAUGUGCUUAACCUUAUUUCUAUUUGGAUUGGGUUUUGAGGGAUGGUCUAAUUUUACUCAAUCUCCUAUUUGGGAAUUAGAAGGCAUAUUCGGAACAAUUUUGCUCAUACUUAUACCAGGUGUCUUAGCAUUUAUGAUGACUUUAUGUGAAUUUAAGCUCUUAUCAGUGGCGCAGGUGAUAACAUUAUCCAUAGCUGGAAUCUUUAAAGAACUUUUAACGAUUAUUCUAAGUGCUUUGAUUUUUGGAGAUAAGUUGAGUUUUAUUAACUGCCUAGGUUUACUAAUUACCUUUGUUGAUAUUAUAUGGUACAACUAUUACAGGUUCAAAGAAAACCAAAACAAAGAAUUCGAGGGGUAUUCAAGUUUGAAUGGCAAGGAUGAAACUGAAGAUGACGAGGUAUCAAUUGGUUCGUCAAACUUGGAUAUGAAUUCGAAUUCAAAAAUUGACAGCAUAGAAAUGAAAAAGUUGUAG